CCAGCACUAGUCCAAACUCCAAGCAUGAGUUUAAGAAUGAUCCAGAUUAUCCAGAACAACAAACCAAAACAAAACAAACUAGUAAAAGUGAUGUAAAAAUACUAAAAUAAAACUCAUUUUAAUUAACAUUAAAAUAAUUAUUAAAAAUGAAUGAAAGUUGUGCUUCUACUGCUGCUGAUGAUGAUGAUGAUGUCUGGUCAGAGUUAUCAACAAUAGCCACAGUUGAUCAAGGUAAUGAUUCUUGGAAACUAGAACGUAUUGAAGCAUCUCGCUCUAGACCUAGAGCAAUUGGUCGAGUUGAUACAUCAACAAGUUUACUUAUUGAAUCUCUUCUUACACUGAUCUGUUCCAUGUGGGAAAAUGAGCCAGCUCUUAAGAAUAAACUCUACAGAGCUUAUUGUGAUUUAUUGUUUGAUAUGAAUUUGAUUAAUAAGUCAUACAUACAACCUGAGUUUGAUACAUUACGUGGACAACAUCAAAAAGCUCUAUUUGGUCUUCUCAUGGUUGCUAAGCAAGCAAUUGGAAGUGAUGACAUAGUUAAAUUACCAGACCCAAGAAUUAUGAUGUCAGAUUACUUAAUUCAAUUUGAUGAAAUUGGUUUUAUAGCAUCUGGUGGUUUUGGUAGUGUUUACAGAGCACGUAAUAAAGUUGAUGGAAAUGAGUAUGCUAUUAAAAAAAUUACUGUUAGAUCAGGAAGAGUUAAAUCAAUAAUAAAACAUUUAAAAGAAGUUAAAAUAUUAGCUAAAUUUAAUCAUACAAAUAUUGUUGCUUAUAAAGGUGCAUGGAUUGAAAAAAAUCUACCAACAUUUGUUCGACAUGAUUAUUAUUCAUGUAGUCAAAAUAAAUUGACUAAUAGUCAGGAUGACUCUUGUCAAGAUAGUACAAAUAAUGAAAAUAGUUCAAAUAAUAUUAAACAAAAUAGUAAUAAAUCUAAUUCAAUAAAUUAUAAUAGUAAUAAAAAUAACAAGACUGGUAAAAAAAUUAAGGAUCAAAGUAGUGCCUCUAUUAGUAAUAAUAAAGAUGAAGAAUUAGAAGAAUUAGAACUAGAAGAACUAGAAGAAGAGGAAGAAGAAGAAGAAGAAGAUGAAGAUGAUGAUAUUUCUUUUAGAGAUAGUAGUUCAGAUCUCGUUUCUUUUAGAGCUUCUACUGAUAGCAAUAAACAAAAUGUAAAAGAAGAAGAAGAACCAGAAGAAGAUGAUGAAGAUGAUGAUAUUUCUUUUAGAGAUGGUAGUAAUUCAAAUCUUGUUUCUUUUAAAGCUUCUACUGAUAACAAUAAAAAAAAUGUAAAAGAAGAAGGAGAACCAGAAGAUGAAGAUGAUGAUAUUUCUUUUAGAUAUAACAGUUCAGAUGUUAUAAAUAAUAGUUCAGUUGAAAGUCCUUCAAAUAACAAUGAGACUAGUGAGACUAGUGAGACUGGUUCCAGUAAUGAUCAGUCACCAACAAGCCAAAAUCACGUUACACGAUAUAAUUCAUCAAAAAGAGAUAGUUUUGCAACGUUGUAUAUACAAAUGGCUUUAUGUGAAGAAACUUUAAGAGAGUGGAUGGAUAAAAGGCAAGAGCCAACACCAAUAUCAUUUAUAAUUGAAAUAUCAAAACAAACACUUGAAGGUCUUCAUUACAUGCAUUCUCUUGGUGCUGUUCAUCACGACAUUAAACCAAGUAAUAUAUUCAUUGAUACAUCUGGAAGUCUUCGUAUUCAACUUGGUGAUUUUGGAUUGACAUGUCCAUUACAACGAGAAAGUCAUCCAGCAAUGGGAACUCAAGUUUAUGCUGCACCUGAACAGCUUCAAGGACAGUGUGAUCCAAAAAGUGAUGUAUAUAGCUUUGGUAUUAUAUUUUUUGAACUCCUAUUUCCAAUGUCAACUGCUAUGGAACGUAGUCAAUUAAUCAGUCAAGCUAAAGAAGGAAAAUUUAGUGAUAGCCAUUAUCAACAAUAUCCAGAAUGGUGUGAAUUUAUAAAACGUCUUAUUGAAAAAGAUCCAAAAAAACGUCCAUCAACAAAAAGCUUGCUUCAUGAAUUAACACCUGAUAUUAGUAAAAAAAAUGAUACAGAAAUUGAAAAAUUAAAAAAAGAAAAUAACAAAUUAAAAGUACAAAAUAAAGAGUUAAAUGAUGAAUUAACAAAAUUAAAAAAUGAAUUAGAGCAGUUAAAAUUAAAACUGCUAUAAUAUUUACAGUAUACUUUUUCUAAAAUAAUAUUUACAAUAUACUUUUUCUAAAAAUAAUAUUUUUACUGAGUUUUUUAAUAACAUGCACAAAAUUAAAAUUAAAUUCUUUGAGUCCUCUUCUUAUAUGAUGCUGUUGAAUUUUUUCAUCUGUAUGAAUUUGUAAAAUAAAUAGAUGAAUUUCACAGAGUCCGUUGAGCAUUUAUUUUAUAACUUUUACAUCAAAUUUGAAAUAUAUAAUUUUUUUCCAUUGAGAAUACAUAUAUUUUUUAGCCAUUUAUUACCAUUCAUAUUUAUUUAUUUAUUAUAUAUUAAUAAUUGAUAUUUGUUAUUUAUUUUUGUAAUUAUUUGAUCAAAUUUUUACGAAUUUUAAUACUUUCAUUUUUGAUGAGGUAAAUCAUUGUAAUUUUUUCUUUGUAUUUAUAAUAAAUAAAUACAAAGUAAAUUUUGAAAAUGUAAAUAACAAUAUAAUGAAAAUAAAUAUUUUUUUUAAUUUAUCAAUCUAAAACAA